UUCUUGUUCAUCCUUUUUCUGCGUCAAAGAUUACAUCUUCAUGUUGUAAUAGCCAUGGCAAUGAUGAGCCACCUGAUAUCAACAAGAGGAAGCGAAGUACGCCUGCUGUCGCUGGUGUCAGACUCGGAGUUGGAGGAAGAAGGUUCUCUUUCUUCGUUGACAAGCCACCUGGAUCAUGUUCAUCGACACCCACCCUGCUCAUCCUUGGCUGGCCGAGCCACCGCUAUUGAUCGAGGUGGCGUGAUGCAAUGGUCGAGCCAAAAGGAUUCACGGUGUAGUAGGUUGCUGUCACUUUCCUCACACGCAAUGAAGUGCUUUUCUGGGGUGUUUCUUAUCUCCAUGCAUCAACAAGUGGCUCAACCAACCCAACCACAGCCAUGCGUGGCCUAAUCAUUCACAAGCCCGGCAAGAUGCUCUGGGAACAAUAUCAAACACCUCAUGGGUGGCUUGAAACGAUUGGCAUCCAAGGUUAAGACAAGAGGAUGUGCUUGUGGCGGUGGCACACACACAAUGACCCAAACAAACAUUUGGUGGCCAAGCGACUGGCCCCAUUCCUGGCUCUCUUUCACCUUCCAUUCAAUGAUUUCUUUCUCCCCUUAUAUGUGAAGAAGAAGAAGAAGAAGAAGAAGAAGAGAAGCAGAAAUUGAGGACGACAGAGUGAAGAGAGAGGAAGCUAGCGGACAACGUCAUGGCGGCGACUCUUACAGGUGCAUCGUCGAUGGUGCUCUUCUUCCUGCUGGGUCUCGUGACGGCGACAGAAGCCUUUGAUGUGCCGACGUUAACCUUCGGCGAGGGCUUCUCCCAUCUCUUCGGCAACGACAACCUCAUCCGCUCUGCCGAUGACCGCAGCGUUCGUCUCACCCUCAACCGUUACUCCGGUAGGGGACGGGACGUCCUUGUCGCCACCUUCGUUGUCUUCUUUCUUUUACGUGGUGAGUGCGUAACCAAGUGGUGCAUGUGGUUCUCAGGCUCCGGCUUUAUCUCUUCGGACCUUUACGAGCAUGGAUUCUUCAGCGCCUCCAUUAAGCUGCCCAAGGAUUACACGGCUGGCGUCGUCGUCGCCUUCUAUACAUCCAAUGGCGACGUAUUUCCCGACACGCACGACGAGCUGGACUUUGAGUUCCUGGGCAACGUGAGAGGGAAAGACUGGAGGAUCCAAACCAAUGUCUACGGCAAUGGCAGCACCACCCGCGGCCGGGAGGAGCGCUACCUCGUCCCCUUCGACCCCACCGAGGAGCCUCACCGCUACUCCAUCUUGUGGACCCCUGACUACAUCAUCUUCUACAUCGACGACGUCCCCAUCAGAGAAGUGGUGCGGAGCGACGCCAUGGGCGGCGACUUCCCGUCGAAGCCGAUGUCGGUCUACGCCACCAUCUGGGACGGCUCCUCCUGGGCCACCUCCUACGGCCGGAUCAAGAUCAACUACAAGUACGCGCCGUACGUGUCCGAGUUCUCUGACCUCGUCCUCCGCGGCUGCCGCGUCGACCCCAUCCAGCAAGUGGACUCCGCCGACCGGUGCGCCGAGGCCGUGGAGGAGCUCAUGUCCGCCGACUACGCCCUUCUGACGCCAAGGAAGCGCGCCGCCAUGCGCCGGUUCCGGGAGCGGUACACGAUCUACUCCUUCUGCUACGACCAGCAUCGAUAUGGCAAUGUCACCUUCCCCGACUGCGACUACGUCUCCUCGCAGCACAGCAGAUUCGGGGAAUGGGGUGACAACAAGUUUCCACCGAAGGAGGUCCGGAGGGCCCGGCGACGGAGCCGGAAGCCAAGUGCCGUCGACGAUCAACCAUCGAAAUAGAUGACAUCUUCUUGUCCAUAUGCCUUCCCCGCACAGUGUUUAGAUAGGAUACAUUGAUUCUUUCUGUAUGAUUCUCGAGUCACAUCAUAGAAAUUACACCACAAUAAAGUUGAGUUGUAUUUCGAGUAAAUACGAAUAAAUAUGAGCAUUCGUUGGUGA